CCUGCCUGGUAUUUGGACUGGUCUCCCGUGAGGAAGUUGUUCAAGAAUGAACCUUCCGCUGAGGGGAGGCACAGGAAGGCUGUGGUGUGCCCUGGGAGCCCCCAGUGGUGGGUGUGGCUGAAGUGGAGGAUAGGAGGGUGGGGGCACAGCACCCCACAGCUUGAGGAGUGAUCUGAGGGGGACUCCUCUUCUAGGACCUUCGCUGUCCAAAGCAGCUAGUUCCCCUGGAGUCUCCCUGCAGGCAGGGGUCAGGGUGCAGGGCUGGGCAGGGAGCCAGGCCUGGUGCUGCCCUCGACGACAUUGCCCCUUCCGGUCUGUGGGGAGAAGUGGGUGUUGGAGGUACAGCCGUCACGGAGAGGUAAUGGUGGUUGGGCCUGGGGAGGGGGUAGAGGAAGAGCCCCAUAUGUCCAGACCUCGUGAUGCCAGUUGUCUCUGCGACCUGAUCUGGGAUCCCAGCCAUCGCCCUGCCUGCCAGUGGUCCUGGUGCUGCUGUUUCCUCGGGGUGGGUCCUAAAAGGAGGUGGUGCCCUGGCACAUUCCGGAUUAGAAUAGGUUGCCUCUGCUGAAAACCAAAGACAAAAGCCCUGCCGCUGAGGCCUUGCCCACCCCACCCUGAAGUGGGGGGCCCCCAGGAUGAGCAAGCUGCCCGGGGAGCUGGCCCGAGACCUGGAGCGAAGCCUGCCCGCCGUGGCCUCCCUGGGUUCCUCACUGUCCCACAGCCAGAGCUUCUCGGUGCCUCCCCAGAAGCGCCGGGCCAUCUCCGACGUCCGCCGCACCUUCUGCCUCUUUGUCACCUUUGACCUCCUCUUCAUCUCCCUGCUCUGGAUCAUCGAGCUGAAUACUAACACGGGCAUCCGAAAGAACCUGGCCGAGGAGAUCCUCCAUUACAACUUCAAGACCUCCUUCUUUGACAUCUUUGUCCUGGCCUUCUUCCGUUUCUCGGGGCUGCUCCUGGGCUAUGCCGUGCUGCGGCUCCGGCACUGGUGGGUGAUUGCGGUCACUACCCUGGUGUCCAGUGCCUUCCUCAUCGUCAAAGUCAUCCUCUCCGAGCUGCUUAGCAAAGGGGCAUUCGGCUACCUGCUCCCCAUCGUCUCUUUUGUCCUCGCCUGGCUGGAGACCUGGUUCCUUGACUUCAAAGUCCUGCCCCAGGAGGCCGAGGAGGAGCGAUGGUACCUUGCUGCCCAGACCGCCGUCGCUCGAGGACCCCUUCUCUUCUCUGGUGCUCUGUCUGAGGGCCGGUUCUAUUCACCUCCAGAAUCUUUUGCAGGCUCGGAUGAUGAAUCAGAUGAAGAAGUUACUGCAAAGAAAAGCUUCUCUGCCCAGGAGCGGGAGUACAUCCGCCAGGGGAAAGAGGCCAUGGCCGUGGUGGAUCAGAUCUUGGCCCAGGAAGAGAACUGGACGUUCGAGAAGAGUAACGACUAUGGGGACAUGGUGUACACCAUCGAGGUGCCCUUCCACGGCAAGACAUUUAUCCUGAAGGCCUUCCUGAACUGCCCUGCUGAGCUGGUCUACCAGGAGGUGAUCCUGCAGCCCGAGAGGAUGGUGCUGUGGAACUCAACGGUGACCGCCUGUCAGAUCCUACAGCGUGUGGAAGACAACACCGUGGUCUCCUACGACGUGUCAGCUGGGGCUGCAGGAGGUGUGGUCUCCCCCAGGGAUUUCGUCAAUGCCCGGCGCAUUGAGCGGCGCAGAGACCGGUACCUGUCCUCCGGCAUUGCCACCACCCACUGCGCCAAGCCCCCAACACACAAAUACGUCCGGGGAGAGAAUGGGCCUGGGGGCUUCGUCGUGCUCAAGUCGGCCAGUAACCCCCGGGUGUGCACCUUCAUCUGGGUCCUCAAUACGGAUCUCAAGGGCCGCCUGCCUCGGUACCUCAUCCACCAGAGCCUUGCGGCCACCAUGUUUGAGUUUGCCGUCCACCUGCGGCAGCGCGUCACGGAGCUGGUGGCCCAGGCAUAGCAGCCAUGGCUUCUCAGCCACCCUGCCGGCCAGGGUCCUGCCACAGCCAGAAGUGGUCGCUCGGGCUUCCCGCUGCCCACAGAAGCCCGCUCUCCUGUGGAGGAAGAAGAAGGCCCUCCCAUGCCAGCGCCUUGGCCCCAAGCUACCCCAACCCAAGCCACACUGUGCCCAGGCAGCCGCUGAGGAGUUUGGGGUCAGCCCUGCUGAUGUUUACACAGCACUCUGCUUCCUGUGGGGUCUGCAGGCUGGCUGGGCCAGGGGCAGGAUCAGGGCUGGAGUAGCAGGUUUGGGAGGGAUCGGGAGCCUGGCUCUCCUGUGUCUUCACAGUUUUUAGGAUUAUUUAAAGGGUCUGGGACCCUUUUCACAUGCACUUGUGGGGGAGCAGGGUGGCCAGGGGAGGUGGGGGAUCUGCCUGAGUCCCACACUUCCCUUCCAGGACUUCUUGGGGGAAUCUUUGUAAUUUGAGUCAAUUAAAAGCCUGAACACAGAA